GGACCUUGCCUUGCGUGAGAAAGUAGCAAUCAUAAGCAAGCUUGAGAUCGUUCCCAGGAAAAUAUGGGGCAGCAGCAGCAGCUGAAAGACAGAUAGAGCUACUUUAGCCUAGCGAAAGCAUUCUAAAGGCAAAUCCUUUGGAAUCAAGAUGAAUAACACAGAAGUUGAGAGGCUGGAAAUGGACUGGGUAAUCUCAUUGGAGAAUAGGCUGUCAGACACAAAUUUGUGGGACAGAAAAAGAGGGGCAACAAUAUACAGAGUCCCGGAUAUCAUGAAAAAGGUCGACCCUCAAGCAUAUGAGCCAUUGAUUGUCUCGCUCGGCCCCUACCACCAUGGCAAACCUCAUCUACAGGCCAUGAAUCAGCUCAAAUGGAAGUACCUCAAGGCUGUCCUCCAUCUGAACUGUGAUAUGGUCUUGAAGGACUAUCUGGAUCUGAUCAAGGGUCUGGAAACGCGAGCACGCGGUGCCUACUCGGAGGAAGUGAACAUGAGCAGCAACAGUUUUGUGGAAAUGAUGUUGCUAGACGGCUGCUUUGUGAUGCUUACCAUAACGGGGUGGAUCGACCCGAUGGAGAUUUCAAAAGAGAGUACCUUGUGGACUCGUUUUAAUGCACUGCAAGAUAUCUUCAUUCUCGAAAACCAGCUUCCGUUCUUUCUUCUUGAAACUUUGUUCCUAUCUGCAUUUCCUCAGUACGACCGUGAUUUCUUUAGAAGUCUAACAUUCAUGUUCAUCCGAAAAUAUUUCUUCAGUAACAUUGAAUUUACCUCCGACAAUGAGACUAUUCACCACAUAAUUCAUCUUUUUCUUUCUUGCAUUGAUCCGACAACAAACAAUGGCAAUGGCAAUGGCAAUGGCAAUGACAACGGCAACCAGUCCUCCACAUUUGGCUUCCUCUGCAACUCUAAACUAGUUGAAACAGUAUGCGUCUCGUUGCCAUCAAAGCUGCGCUCCUCUUUGUUAUCGCAGGUGAACUCUAAGAUGUGCACUGGUCGAGAUGCUAACCCCGAGGAGGAUCUCCCUGUCCCUGACUUACCAUGGAUUCCCAAUGCUACAGUAUGCAAUGAAGCUAGAAUUCACUUCAAAAGAAAACAGAAAGCCAAGAGUUUCCUGGACAUUACAUUUCAUAAAGGCAAGUUGGAGAUUCCCCAAAUUCACAUAUACUACCCCACCAACUCGCUCUUGAGAAAUCUUAUCGCGUACGAGCAAUGUUCAACUGAUUCCAAGUUCCGUGUCACAUCCUAUGCGGUGUUUAUGGACUACCUCAUCGAUACGGCAGCAGAUGUCGAACUGCUUCAACAACAUGAGAUCAUUAUUAGCGAUUUAGGGGACAGCCAAGAAAUUGCCACUCUAUUUAGCAAGCUUAACACGAAUCUAUGCUAUAACUCAGAAGAUUUCUACAUUGCGGACGUCAUCUUUGCCAUGAAGAAGCACCACGACACUAGAUGCAACAAAUGGCGCGCAAGGUUGAAUCGCGACUACUUUAGUAGUCCUUGGGCAGCUAUCUCAUUAUUUGGUGUUCUUGCCCUAUUUGUUCUCACUGUGAUACAAACCACGUAUACUGUUCUGAGCUAUUAUCCGUCGCACUAGCUUCCUCACUUAAAAGUAGAACAAGGGAAUGUUUGUUGUUGUUGUUUAUAAACUAAUUUUUGUUGCUUAUGAUGUAUCAUAUGCAUGUGUACGACGAGAUGUCAUGUGUUCUUUUCAUGCUGUCUGAUGUGUAUAAACGGUAAGUGCACGAA